CCGUGCGGGCGCGCAGGCGCAGGGCUGCGCGGCUCCUCAAGGUGUUGGCGGCGCGGCCGAAGAUGGCGACAGACUGAGGGCAAUGGGGCCCGGCGGUGGGUGCGGCGGAGGGGCCGGCGGGUUGGCGCAGCCCACGGGGAAGCGGAAAGCCGAGUGAGAGCGGGGCUGGGGCAUGCCCCCGCGCGGCGGGCCGGGGCCGGGAGCGGAGCCGGGAGCGGGGCCGGGAGCGGAGCCGGGAGCGGGGCCGGGAGCGGGGCCGAGCCGGCGCCGCCUCCUCCUCCUCCUCCUCCUCCUCCUCCUCCCGCCGCACCAUGCCACGGCCGGCGGCGGCCUGUAGGCGCGGGCAUGGAGGCGGCGGCGGAGCGGCGGCGGCGCGGCGGCCGCAGGUGACAGUGGCGGCAGCGCGGCCGCAGGACCCCCGCGCCGCCCCCGCGGCAUGAUCCGCGGCGCCUGGAUGUACCCCCGCGGGGGCGCCGGCGGCGGGGCGGUGUGCUGCGCGCCGCGCCGCAGCGACAAACCCGUGGCCGACCCCGAGCGGGCGCAGAAAUGGCGCCUCUCGUUGGCCUCCCUCCUCUUCUUCACCGUGCUCCUCUCCGACCAUCUGUGGCUCUGCGCCGGGGCCAAGCUGCGCGCGCGGGAGCGGAGCGGCGCGGGGAGGCCGCGGGGCCGAGCGCCCCGAGCGCUGCAGGAGCCGCCCGCCGGCAGCUGCGAGGCGUUCCUGGGCAACCUGAGCCGGGCGCCGGGCCCCGCAUCGUGCCCCGCCGCCCGCGCGGACCUGGACUCGGCGUGCGCCCGGCUGCACUCCCUGCAGCGCCUGCUGGGCUCCUUCGCCGGCGUGCCGCUGCGCUCGCCGCCCGCCACCGCCCUGUUCUCCUCGCCCUCCUCCAAGAGGAACUUCUUACAGGCGUACUUUAGGAACUUCAACCUCUCCUUUUGUGAUACUUACACGAUCUGGGACCUGCUGCGGGAAAUGGGAGGCCCGGACAGCUUGGAUUGCAGCGUGGACAACCUGAUGGUGGAUCUGGUGGCGGCGGCGGCGGGCGCGCUGGGCGGGGAGGCGUGCAGCAGCUGCGUGCAGGCCUACCAGCGCCUGGACCAACACGCUCAGGAAAAAUACGAGGAGUUCGACCUCUUGCUGGAGAAGUACCUGCAGUCGGACGAGUACUCGGUCAGAUCCUGCAUCAGAGACUGCAAGGUAGGAGCGGGGCCCCGCCGCGCUGCCAGGGCUCUCUGCGGUGCGGCGGUGUGAAAAGGCGGGAUCCUAGGAAGGAGGAAGGGGAAGGGAUGGGGCACCAGGCAGAAGCUGUAGCCAUGGCAGGAUGGGGUGCUGGAGCUCCAGGUCCAACUGUCCCCAUGCUGGUCCAUGGUAUGAGAUCAGAUGGGACCGGAGCCUUGGAACAGGACUGGAAGACCUAAGAUGGGACUGGAACCCCAGGAUGCGACUGGAGCCUUGGGGCAUGGCACAGUACUGAGCAGGGCAUCCCCUUGCACCCGCACACAUGCUGCAGACCCCGGCAACGCACGUAGGUUGAGCAGAUCAGGUGUGGGGCCUCUCACCUCUGCCUCUAGCCUGCACAGAGCACUGGGGCAGCUCAGGGCCAUCCCCAUGCACCGCUGAUCCAGGGUGUACAGACAGCAGUGACCUGAGAUGAACCACAGAGCAGAGCCCCCUCCCCACAGACACAGUGGGUGCAUGGACAUCUCCCAGCAUCUCACCCCCUUGUCCUGGUUGGUGUCACUCAGCAUCACCUGCUGCCCCUGCCCAGGAUGCAUGGUACAGGGGACCAGGAACUCGAUCUGGGGCAGGUAUCACCAGCCCUGCUCGUGGGGCUGGUGGGGGUGGCUGUACUCCAACGUGUGGUCUCAUCUUUGUGCUGCUGCACCCAUAGAAGGUGACAGAGCCCAAGUCUCACAGGCACUGCCGUGCUGUCAGCAGAGCAGUUGUCUGUGGGGCAGCCCAUGUUCCUAAAGCCACAGGGUUGCCUUCCAAGCAUCACAUGGCACAGACGUUGCUCCUCUUGGGGGUUCCUCCUCUUCCCUCUUCCUUCAGUGCUGUCUCCAGGAAGCACAGCAGUCCCAGUAAUUAAACCUGCAGCAUCUGGGAGCAGCAGGAGUGCCAUAGCAAGGCACUUGUGUGUGUGCGUCACCCCAGAGGGCUGCAGGCACAGCAUCCCUGGGAGUAGCAUGGGGCUGCCCCUUGCCUGGACCAUAUCAAGGGACACAUGGAGCUGCACAGCAGCUCCUGGAGUGGUGUUUUCUCCUGGGGAAGGAUGGACCUUCUGGAGGUGGUGCCUUUGACCGCGAGCAUGGCCAUGUGGUGCUGCAGGGGUUCUCAGCACCUCCUGCAUGGAACCGUUGUUGGGAUGGAGCUGGUGCUGGCAUGCUGGGCUGGUGCCAAGCCAGGUAAUUGCAAUCUGCUCACUGAACUUCCCCCUCUGGUUUUGCAACUCCAUAGUACUCUACUUGCACCAAAGGAUUUGGUGCUGCUGCUGUGCUCCUGGUGGCAAAGGAAGCAAUGUAUCUCAUUCUGCAUGUGUGCCAAUGGUGCCCAGUGGGCUCAGCAGAGGGCAGGAGGAGAUGGGAGGGAUGGAACGGGCUCUGCAAGGUGCCUGGGGGUGCCCAGGGGCAUCAGCAUGUGGGCAAGCUUGUGUAUAAACCGAGUUAGCACCAGUGGUUCCAGUGGGUAGUUUCUUCACCCAGCAUUAUCCCACUGGCAUUAAAGGAUGGUGAGGAGAGGUUGGCUUUUUAGUAGAGCAGAUGGAGCCUAAACACAAUUCAUGAGGUGGGGUUUGGGCAGAACUCCCUACAUCUCCUGCUCCCCAGCAUUGCCCCUAAGCACUCCCUGGUACAGAGACCUCAAGAGCAACGAUCAGAAAGAGAACAUAGAACUUGUCAUUGGUAAAGAGGUGUUCCCACUGACUCCAGAGCACUAGAAACAGAGGUUGGCUUGGAUGAGUUUUCCUCCAGUGUCCGUGGGCUUAGCAUCCUCCAUGAGAAAGCAGGAGACGAGCUUGGGCAAUGCAGAGCUGAAGGCAGCUCCCAACUCACCCGCUGUCACACUCACACUCUCCUCCUUGCAGCAUCUGUGAACACGGCUCUGGGGAGCAACAGGAGGGUGUGAGCAGCGCAUGCAACCUGUAAGCACUCACCCAUGCAAGAUGCAGGGAAAUUCCUCUGCCUGAAUUUUCCAGCGUGCCCAUGCGAUCUCUCAGCUCUCCCUGUCUUUUCAGCAUCUCGUGAGCAUCAGGCCACUUGUUUGAGGUGCUCUGAGGUGCCUGGGGGCUUUCAGUAGUGGGAAGCUCAGCCCUGCCCUCGCUGUUUGUGUGAAAUCAGACCCGGUUUGGCACAUUCUGGCCUUGUUUCCUUGUUGCUCAGCAGGGCCGGGCUGGCAGCACUGUCUGGCGGGACGUUGAAACAGGCAGGUUUUUCAGUCCCUGCCCAAGCACUGAAUAACGCUGCGUCUUCUGAUGCUGCUUUUGGCUGUUUGCAGCUGGAGGGAAUACCUGUGUGCAGCAACAGCAGAGAGCUGCUGCUCAGAGGUGGUGAAAUGCACGGGUUGGUGACAGCAAAAUGUGAGAGGAGAAAAAUACAACAGGUGGCCAACAGUCUGACCCUGACUCCAUUCAUACCUUCCUGCUCCACAGCAGGGGCUGAAAGAUGGGAUGCCAGCAAGGAGAGCACCUGUGCGCCCCUCAGCCGCUGUCCCGCUGCAGGGCCAUGUCUUCCCCAGCAAUGAUGUCCCCAGGGAGCAGCACAGCUCAGAGAGCAACGCUGGGGAGCUGGGAGGCAGUGAACCAGUGUGGGGAUGUGGGCUGUGCUGUUUUAAUGCAGCAAUUGAAGUGGUGCAGGUGCCACUCAGACACCGGAAGGCUCCCUGUGUUCUGGGUGAGUGUGUCAGUCCUGCUGCUCUCCUCCUUCAUGUUUAAGGCCCUUUGUGGCUGCAGGCCAGGAGGGGCUCUGUGCACACAGUGGCUGUGCUCAGAAGGGCUCUGGCAGCUGGCUACCCACAAACACGGUGGGUGCUGUGGCCACAUCUCCCUGGGGAGACCCGGGGUGAUGGCAGCCUUUGCGCACUGAGCAAUCUGCUCCAUCUUUGCAGGAUGCAGUGCAGGGGGAAUCCCCGCUGCUUUGAGCUUCCAUCCUGUGGGAUACUUCAGGCUGAUUUUUUUCCCUUGUUUUCCUGUCUUUCUGGGGUAGACAGAAUGCAGCGUUGCCUCUUGCUGAGCCACUGUGAAAUUAGAUGUUUGUAGCUUUAAAGGCGGUGGCACUGCGCUUGUGCUGUCUAACUCAGCCAAUCGCUGCUCCAGAGAGCACUCCGAAAAGCACGCAUCCCCACCCUCGUUAGGGCAAAUAAAGAUCUAUGGGAUGGAGCCUGGUGAAUUAAGGACUCAUUAAGCUGUAAGAAACAAAGCUGCAAAGGGAUAAAGCCUGACAGGAGGGAUCUGCUGGGCGCUGCCGGGCAGCCGCCUGGGCAGGACCUGUAGCAUCUCAAGGCAGAUUAGAUUAGUGGGGCUUCUCUGGGUGCGGGGCUGGCACUGCAUCACCCUGUAGCUCUGUCUCUGUCCCCAUGCUGGUUUCCCCAUUAUCUGUUUGGGAGCAGGACACAGCUUUACCCCCCAGGUUUUUGGGCAGUGCAAUGAGAGAUAGAGUUUGGUUGCCAUAUGGGCAGUGGGUGCAGCCAGGACACGGCAUGGGGAUGUCCUGGGUGAGCUGCCCUCCUGCCCUCCUGUUUUCUUGCUCUGGCACAGGGGGGUCAGAAUGGAAGGAUGGAAUCAGGGAGAGGUGUUACAGCACCCACCUGCUGCAGGAGGUGAGUCCAUAGCACUGCCAUACCCUGAGAGGUGAGCUGACAGCAGCUCUGCCUCAGCCAUGGCCCCAGGGUGGCUGAAAGCAAUAGGAAAAGUGGUGUCCUUUGCCCAGAACUGCUCUUUGCUGGUGGCGGCACAAAGCUUUAUUCACAUUUCAUGAGGUGAAUGAAAAAAACCCCAAAUAAACAGUGGAUCAGUGCAGUACUUAAUUUGGCAAUUUUAGCAAAGACCAUAUGUACGGGCUUAGCUGAGCAUGCAAGUCAGCACUGCACGCCCAUCCCCUAUAAACAGAGGUAAUCUCUUUCAUCCCUGCUCCACUAUGUGGUUAAAAAGAAGGAAUCUGAACCAAAGGAGCGUGCAGUUGGUGUGCAGUUGCAGCAGCCGUGGCACAGUUCAUGCACCUCAUGCAAGAUCUUUGAAAACUCAGAUCAGAGACGGGCAGGGUCUUCCGAAAGUAGAAUAGGAGAGAAAGGAAACAGGCUGCCGUGUCGUGCAAAGGGGGCAUUUUGCUGGUGGAUCCCAUAGGGAGAAAAAGGAAAAGGAAUCCAAGUUUCUGACAGCAGCCAGGCUUUGUGCAACAACAGCCGGGUUAGCAAAUGGUGCAUGGGAGGGUGAGAGCUCCGUCUCCAUCCGGCUGUCACUGGGCAGCUACAAGUGACGCAGGUGCCAGCGCUGCUCCAGUGCCUGCGUGCUGCAGGUGCGUGCCAUGGUGCUGAGCAGCCCUGUGCCUCCAAGCAGGAUGUGGGGUGAGGCUGGAGCAGCUCCCUGAGCCUCCAGCAGCUGGAGGUGAUGGCUUUGGAGAGCAUCCAGCAUGUGUGGUGCUGCUGGGCUGCGGGCAGUGGGUGGUGAGCUCAGCAGAACAUGCCUGGUGCUGGCAGGAUGCAUGAUGGUAAGCUGCUGGAGCAGGGCCACCUCGCUCUGGGGCUCUGUGACAGGCACCAGGAUGUGCUGUCCCUGCAGACAAAGGGACCUGGCUGCUCUGUGCAGCCCCCAUGUGCUCAGGCACCCCAAGGAACCUUGUCUGGUGUGGGAGCUCACGGCAGGGUGUGGAGCCCCAAAGGCAGAAGGGCUCCGUGGCAGCGAUGCCCACAGGGUUUUCCUCUGCUGGCAGCAGGCAGGAUGCACCUGAGCUGUCACCAGGAUGCCAUUAGGAUGCGGCUCAUGCCUGGCUCUGCACAGAGGAAGCAGGGCUCCGCUGUUGUUUGAAGGGCAAUGACUCAGGGACAACAAAUCUGAAAAUGAGACACAGAGGCUGCUUGGGUGGGAAGGAGCUGACCCUGCCUGUCCACAGGCCCUGCUCCCCUUCCCUCUUCCCUGGGCUUUUACUGAUGUGGCAACAGAAUCCCCUGGUGGGGUUUGCAUGUUGUGGAUCCCUGCCCAGUGAGCAUUGUGGUGCUGCUGGAGGAGGAAGUGCUGCUCACCCCACACAUCCCUGAGGAGGAAGACACGUGCUUGGCAUCACAGCUGACAUCUCAUCUCUGCACAGCAGCCUCCCGGAGCAGCUGGUAAAUGGGUGCUGGGCAAGGGCAGCUAGGAAUGGGAAAAUGCUGCAAGGACAUGAGUGGGGGGACAAGCCAUAGUCUCCAGCUUAUCUCGCACUCCUGGGUGCUGCAGGGGAUGUCUCCUGCUGGGGAGGUCCUUGCUGUGUCACUGAUGCCAUGUUCAGCAACGCUUUGUGGAUCCCCACCAGUUUGCAGCAACUCCUUGCUGGGCAGCGUCAGUGGAUGCAAUUAAUGGGCAGUUGGCCUGCAUGGUGGUUAAGGUGAUAGAGCUUGUUGUGGUCUUGCCCUCGGUGGCAUCCUGCUGGACUUCUCUCCCCAGUGCUCCCUGGGGUUAAUCACAGGAGGUAAUGAAUCUUCACAUGGUGCUGUGCAGUCUGGUUCUCUGCAUGUGGGUGGUGUGUGCCUUGAACCUUAAACCCUGUCUUUCAUCACAGCAGGGGGCACAGCAGCUGGGCUAUGCUGGGUGCUCAGCACCAUAGAGCUCUUGAGCAAGGCCAGGGUUAGUCUGGUGAGCCGAGGAGACCCCUCUGUGCCAGAGAAACUUCUCCUGGCUGCAGCCUGCCCUGGGUAAUUUAUCGUGUGUGGCACUGAAGUGUCUAGCCCUUAUUUUUUUAUAUCCUAUCUAAUGUAACAGGAUGUUCUCAUUAUCUGUAUAAAUGUUUAAUCUGCUUUUGAAUCCCGGCUGCAGCAGUAUCUAAUGGGGGUGAAUUCCUCAAGCUCUCCUAAUAGACGGCGGGCACCCGAUUUUUUCCAUCUGUCCCGACUCUGCCAUCAUCAUCUUCAUCUCCAUAACUGUCUUUAAUCACUUUGUCACUAAUCAGCCAGCCAGCAGUGAGGCUGCAGCUCCCCAGCACUUACCCAGCAGCUGCAACAGGGAAAGCUGCUUGGGGAGGCAGCGGCUGUGCACUGGGGUAACUUCAUUGCAUGUCUGGGCCUUAAAGUGACAUUGGACUGCUCUGUCCCUGGAGUCAGGCUUUGUGGGUGGUUGUUGGCAAUAGGGAUGGUGCCUGUUGGAUGCCAGGGUUUGUGCCUGAGUCCCCAAGUGAUGGGGAAUCUCAAUGAGGAUCAGUGGGCUCCUGACGCGUGUCCCUGUGUGUUGAUGUUGAUUAGCUGCAGGGCAGCGAAGGAUGGGGGAUGCAAUGAGGUCCCCCCACCCAGUUGAUGGUGUAGAUGUGCCCAGGUAGCAGUGAUUUGUCUGGGGAGCACUGCUGUAUUUGGCACCCCUGGUGCAUGCAGUGCCAUGCGUCCCAGUUCCCAUCCCUCCAUCCCCACAGCCCUGAGGAUGCCCCAACGGAGUCUUGUGGCUCCAGACAGCCCAAUCCCCACUCACUGGCCACCAGCUGCAUGUCCCCGCCUGCUGUUCACCUCCAUCCCCUUCCCACACAUACCUUCACGCUCCCGAGGCCACGCUGCCUUGCUGCCCCUCUCCCUUCUCAAGCCCAGCCAAACCCCUUCUAAAAAGGGACAGAAAGCAGCUGCUGGGAUUUAUGGCUGCCACUCUUGCUGCGUGGGAGCACUGCUGCCUUCUGCCUUUGCUCUCGGGUUCAUGUGCAUCUGAAGUUUCUCAGGACAGCGUCUGUCUGCUCCUCGCGUCCUGCAGCACAAUGGGGCUUGCUUCUAUGAGACUCAGUGUGCAUUUUGUUUGCGUUCAAUACAUUUGUUUUACAGCCUGCAGGCAGCCCACCAAGACUGGGGCCACUUUGUCCCAGACGCUGCCCAAGCAUGGGUAGAGGGGAUGGAGCUGGCUGCGGGCACCAAGCACUCUGCCGGCAUCACAGAGGCAUGGCACAGUCUGGGGUCUGCACUCUCAGGAGCUCUUCCACCCCACUGAGUCCCCACUGGGAGGAAGGACACGUCUACCCCAAGGUGGCAUUGAGUAAUUAAAUGCCAGUGUUGCUUUGUGGCAAUUAGAGUGGUCUGAAGAAGCGGUGUGGUAUCAAAGGCAGCAGCACAUGGCCAGACUCUGAUGGCAAUAGGGCCACCAUGGCAAGGCUGCACUGGGCAAACUGGGGCUGUUGUGGAGGAGCAGUAGUCUGAGGUCCCACACUGCCCUGAAUCACUGUGGCUGCAUGGCUGGUUCCUGCACUGGGCUGCCCACUGUCAGAGCAGGAGCUGCUGCCUCUUCUGUCAUCCGGUGGAGCUGUACCACCAGGUUGGGGUGCCCAGGGCUGCAUCCCCAAAGUGCACACCCAGCCAUAUUCCCAGGGUAUGCUUCCUGUUCUGAUAAAGACCAAAAUAAGGGUGAUUCCUCAUUUGCUGGGAGAAGUGUCGGCUGAAGCACUGCUCUGUGCUCUGUGCCAUUGGUGCUGAGCUGGGGCUGAGCUAAGGGGAUUUCAGACUGUGUGGUGCCACCCUGCAAGGGAUGCAUCCUGCAGCGUCAGUGCCACGUAUGGCUCCAGGUUGGUCCUUCUCAUGUCUUUCACUUUAGAUGCACUAGACAACCUAAGUCCCACAUUUCCCCCUUUCCCAGCAUCCCCACAGUGGUUAAAUGCAUGCAUGUGUGUGCAGAGGUCCAGGCGUUGGCAUUCCCCUGUCCUGAUCUGUGGUGUGGUGGGAGGAUUUGUCCGAGCAGUUGAGGUGUGUGGAGGUCAUGCUGUAAAGCUGUUCUCCCUGAGUUCUGAAAGAGAUGAGCUCAAAGGGCUGCUUGUGUCUGGCUUGCUCCAAGUAGCUCGGAGGGGGUUUCACUGGGGAGGCCAUAUAAUCUAUAAAAGAAAUGCUAGCUUCUUUAUUCCAAGAACUGUGAAUUCAAAAUAAAGAUGCUAAAAGCGCGUUUCUUCCUGCAGUCACGAAGGUCAGCAGUGCUGGAAGCAGACUGACAGUGCUGUGGAGUAAUCCUGGAGUGGUGAGGCUGGGAUGAGGUCUGCUCCUGGGGUGCAGAUGGCUCUCUUUCAUGGUGCUGCUGCCCUGGAUGAGACAGAGGAUACUUGGCUCCAGCACUGUCAGCACCAGGCACAGGAAAACACCAUAAAAUAAUAAUAAUAAUAAUAAUAAUUUAAAUAAAUUUUUUUAAAAAAGCAUGAAGGAAAAAAAAAAAAA